AUGGCAGAAUCAACCCCAGAACCGGAAUCGGAACAGCAGCUCGAACCAGACACAAACCAAGAACAAGAGGAUGAGCCACACACUGAAACCGAAUCCGAGGAUGAUGAAAUUAUCAACGAUCGGUACCUACCUCGACCACUGACGAUGUACGAGUUAUUCUUAUCUUGGGAAAAUCAGGUCAAUCAUGGUAAACUACAGAUGGAUGAGAGGGAUAUGAUGACUGAUAGGAGGAUCGUACCCUUCAAUGCGCAUAAUGAGGAACCGCUCUCUCUCUUCGCCUACCCCACCUUAUAUCCGUUCAUUCGUAUUGACUACUAUACCCAAUCGACUUAUCAGCUGAACGAAUCGUACCUCUCUCGAUUCCGUAAGUUGCUGCUUAUAAGAGACCUACUGGAUAUACCACUGGACAAAAGAGACGGAAUAAUAUCGGAGGGAGGAGAAACGAGAUUCCUACAACUGUGGGCUGAGGGAUCAGAAGAUGAGAGAUUACACAAGAGUCCAGAAGAUAGAUGGUACUAUGCUAGAGAGCUGAAGGAUCAAGCGAAUGUUGAAGUUUCACUGUACAAUAACAUUCUAGCGUGUAUCUUACGGAUCCUACGAGAAGAUGGAAGUAGGAUGGAUAUGCAAACACGAUUGAAUAUCAGUGAAUUAGGUGUAGGAUGUUGGACUUGCAGUCAGACUGUACUUUUCUCGACUUCUGUUCGAGCGGUAAGGUUGUUCCUGAAACGUAUUAUCACUCUUCGCGAUCACCUUUUAGCUCUCCAGAGCGAGCAUCCCGAGGUAGACAUGGCUCCUAGGAUACCUUCCGAAGAAGCACUCCGAUUCCCUUUCCUCAAGCACUACCUCGAUCAAGGCAAGAAGGAUGAAAAUGAGAGGUGUUGGGAUCUGGACUUGAAGAGAGUCAACAUGUGGGACGAAAGGUUCAGGAUGUAG